AUGUGGUUUUCGGCCACAUACCACAAACUCUUGGCACUUCACGGGGAAGGCCGUGUGGAACAAAAUAUAGUUGAGGCUGAAGAGGGCGGUGGGCAGUUCAGAAAAUGUAGCUGCAGCUCUGGAUGGAUACCCUCAGAGCCUUGUGAGGUGAUAUAUCAUCCAGGUAGAGGCAGGGAUCUACGAUGGUCCUCUUCGUCGAGUAGAAGUCGAAGUUCUCUUCAUCGCCGCGCCUCGCCUCGCUUCGCUAUCGCCAUUGGUAUCUAUCGCCAUCAUCGUUCAAUCGGCAUCGAAAACAAACAGUGGAGGAAGAGGAGACCUUGCUUG